UGAGUGCCAUUUCGGAGACAUGAAGAUCAAAGAUGCCAAGAAACCAUCUUUUCCAUGGUUUGGUAUGGACAUUGGGGGAACCCUGGUGAAGCUGGCUUAUUUUGAACCUAUUGAUAUUACUGCAGAAGAAGAGCAGGAAGAAGUUGAAAGCCUGAAGAGUAUUCGUAGAUACUUGACAUCAAAUGUAGCAUAUGGGUCCACUGGCAUUCGGGAUGUCCACCUUGAACUCAAGGACUUGAUACUCUUCGGGCGAAAAGGAAAUUUGCACUUUAUCAGAUUCCCAACCCAUGAUUUGCCUACGUUCAUUCAAAUGGGAAGAAAUAAAAAUUUCUCAACACUGCAUACAGUGCUGUGUGCCACUGGUGGUGGUGCCUAUAAAUUUGAAGAAGAUUUUCGCACAAUUGGAAAUCUCCAGCUGCACAAACUAGAUGAACUUGACUGUCUUGUUAAAGGCUUGUUGUAUAUAGAUUCUGUCAGUUUUAAUGGCCAGGCAGAGUGCUACUACUUUGAAAAUGCUUCAGAACCUGAAAGGUGCCAAAAGAUGCCUUUUAACCUGGAUGAUCCAUACCCUUUGCUGGUUGUAAACAUUGGUUCAGGAGUCAGUAUUUUAGCUGUCCAUUCCAAAGACAACUAUAAGAGAGUAACUGGAACAAGUCUAGGUGGAGGGACCUUUCUUGGUCUGUGCAGCUUACUGACUGGAUGUGAAAGUUUUGAAGAAGCUCUAGAAAUGGCAUCCAAGGGGGACAGCACACAUGCUGAUAAACUAGUCCGUGACAUUUAUGGGGGAGAUUAUGAACGAUUUGGUUUGCCAGGGUGGGCUGUGGCCUCUAGCUUUGGGAACAUGAUCUACAAGGAAAAACGGGAAUCUGUUAGUAAAGAAGAUCUGGCUAGAGCUACGCUGGUUACUAUCACGAAUAACAUUGGAUCUAUAGCACGAAUGUGUGCAGUAAAUGAGAAAAUAAACCGUGUAGUCUUUGUUGGGAACUUUUUGCGUGUGAAUACCUUAUCUAUGAAGCUUCUGGCUUAUGCCCUGGAUUAUUGGUCCAAAGGCCAGUUGAAGGCUCUGUUCCUCGAACAUGAGGGAUACUUUGGAGCAGUUGGGGCCCUCCUUGGAUUGCCAAAUUUCAGCUGAAGCUCAUAAGCGCCGCAGUACUGAGUUAGUUCCUACCUUUAUGUCUCUAUUACAACACUAUUUUUGUAUCUACUGGAACCAAAGGGGGAAAGGGGCCACAGUCCUGCUAUACAUGUCUUUAACUGUGAUACUGUGUUGUUGAGACAGUCCUUAAAAUCUA